GGCUUUUACAUCCCCGACAAAUGUAACAGGUUGUAGUCGUCGCAUAAUGAACUUGUUGCUGUGUUAAUUUACGGAGGAGUCGCUAUUCCACUCACUUUUCUGCGUGGACUUUGAUGGAAAAAGUUUGAAUCCCCGUCGACGUAAAGGAAGCGAAGUGUUGAAAAGGGUCGAAGGAACAACCUUAACUCCUGGGGAGAAAAAAAGCAUGAGCGUGCCGUCCUCCGGUCGAAGGACCCCGGCGGACUACGGUGUCCAGAUCCGCUUCAUCAAUGACCCCCACGACGCUGGCGGGGGGCAUCCGGGGCCCCAGCCCCGGACCAAGCCCCCAACCCCCUCCAAGUACGGCGUGGCGGUGCGGGUGCAGGGCAUCGCUGGCCAGCCAUAUGUGAUGCUGAAGGACGGCAAGAAGGGAGACUCUUAUGGGGUCCAGCUCAGGACCCAGUACCCCAGUGGCUACAGCAGCCUUCCCCGCAGCAAAGAGAGAGCAGAGCCCAGAGCGCAGAGGGCAGAUGUAGAAGAAGAAAGCGGAGGAGCUGGGCACGGCGGGGCACUGCGCAGGGCCCAGUCCCACGGGUCUCUGCUGGACAGGGACGGAGAGGGAGGUGCGGGCAGUGAGGACUUUCAGCUGUCCAGGCCUCCAGGGGACGGGAAGUCUGGAAGUUAUGGGAAUUUGGACGGAGGACUCGGAGCGAGGGGAGACGGAGAGCAGCUUCGGCGUGCCGGUAGUAGAGAGGGCGGCGUGGAGAGGAACACGUGGGAUGGUUCGAACAAAACGGGGCUCAACGGGUCACUGGGGUCGGUUAGGAGCACCCAGUCCUACCAUGACCCACCCCGACAAACCAAUCCGAGACAAACCCCAGUCAACAGACUAAUAAACAGGUUUGAUGGCAGCAACACGAGAGGCCAACAGGGAGGACUCCCUGCGGAACAACAAGACCCCAGAGCUUCCUCUCCUCUCCCCAACCCAUACACCUCCCCUCCCUCCUCCACUCACAGCAGCCUGCGGCGCAGCCCGGCUGCUGUCAACAAAUUCCCCGAGCAGGCCCCCAGCCGGUGGACAUCCCCGGGGACGUACGCCGCCGCGGAGACCCCACGUGCCGCGCUGACUGAGCCACAGGUGACUCCUGACCUUUUGCUGGACCAGGGUCAGAGUGCAGAGGCGACCAGUGAGGAGGAGCAGGUCAUGCAGACUAUAUACAACAUCCUGAGACAAGGGACAAAUGAGAGCGACGUCAUCGUCAAACACAAAGUCAGGGUCAUCUUUAAGAAGAUUCAGAGUCUAAAGCCCAAAGAAAAUCCUCCGGAGGAGUGGAUGAGAGAGAAGAGGGAGCUUGAAAUAAAGAUGGCUGAACUGCAAACAGCCCUUCAAGUGGAAAGACGGGACUCUGUGAGCAAUUCCGAUGCCGCUCUGAAAGCUGAGCUGGAGUGCUGUCUGGACGAAAAUCUGCUGCUCCAGGAAAUGCUGGACCGCCAGAAGAAAGAAUUGAAUGAAACACAAUCCGAGGUGACUCAGCUGCGUAUGGACCGGGAGAGCGCAGAGGUGCGGGUUAGAGAAAUGGAGGACCAGCUGGCUGAGCUUCAGGACGAACUGAGACGGGAGAAUGGCAGCAAGACGGACCUGAUGUCCUGUCAGGCGCAGAUGGUGGAUGUGUGCCAGCUCAAACAGAAGCUGGAGGAGACUCUGAGGCAGCGAGAGAGGGAGCUAACGGCUCUCAAAGGCGCUCUGAAGGAAGAGGUGGCCACGCACGACAAAGAGGUCGAGGUGCUCCGAGAGCAGUACAGCGUCGACAUGGAGAAGCUGCGCAGCAGCAUGGAGCAGGUGUCCCAGUCCCACGUAGGGAUCGAGGCCGAGCGGUUGCGCGUGAACGCGUCGGUUCGCUCCCUCCAGCAGCAGUUGGAAGACUGUAGAGACGAGAGCAGCCACUGGAUGGAGCAGUUUCACACCACCAGAGACGAGCUUCGCACCGCCAAACAAGAGGAGCCACCCAGCAGCCCUAAAACACCACUCCUGCAAGCCCGACUGGAAAAAGAGGAGUUUGAGGAGGAACUAACCGAGCUCAAGGAGAAAGUGGGCACCAUGAAACGCCAGAUACCCGACCCUGACCACACGCAGACUCUCAACCAGGAACUUCAGCGUUACCAAGCUGACCUUCAGAAGGCCAAGUCUGAGGUGGAGAAGCACAGGACUGAGUUUGACAAGAAGGUCAUGGAGGUCAUCUCCAUGAAGAAAUCUCACCAGAACCAGGCGGCAGAACUGAGGUAUGAGAUUGACAGGCUGAAGGACCAAUUGCAGAGGGCCAGAGACGAUGUAUCCAAGGCACAGGACAAAAACAAACGGCUCCCAGACCCGAGCAUCAUCUCAGAGCUGGAGCAGAAGCUCGGCGUGGCGCUCGGCGAAGCUAGCCAGCUCAAAGAGAAACUCUCAUUGGCUGAGGAGGAAGUGGCGGCCAGUAAAACCCAUCUCAGUAGAGCUCAGAUGGAAGUUAAAUCGCUCCAAGAUGCCCAGCAGGAACAGGAAGAGGCGAACGCACGUCUCAGAGAAAAACUCUCACGGCUGGAGGCUCAGCUGCAGACCAACGCAACGGAGAGCUCCGAGGCAGAGAUCACCCUCCACACCGAGGUGAGAGGGUUGAGAUCGGAGCUGGACGAGGCCAAGAGAAAAGCUUCUAGACUGAGUCAGGAGCACCGCGAGCUCAUCCUGCGCGUGGAUGAUUCUGAGAAAGAGAAGGAGACACUUAAACAGACCUUCAACCAGCGGGAAGAGACCAGACAACGGCAGGAAAGAGCUCUGGAGAAACUCAACAAAGAAUAUGAGUCCCUGACCAUCUCCUCCAGGGAGGAGGUGCAGACUCUAAAGGCUCAGCUGGAGGAGCAGAGAGAGAAGGCACGGAAGGAAGUCCAUGAGGCACAACGGAACGGAAACGGCGCUCAGAGUGAACUGGAAAAAAGUAAUUUAAAUCUACGGAGGCUCGAGGAAGAGAUGUCACGACAGAAGAAGGAGAUUCUGCUGGUUUGCGAGGAGAGAGACAACCACCAGCUGGAUAAAGAGCUUCUGACCAACAGGGUGCGCCACCUUGAGGGAGAGAUGGAGGCCUUCAAAAACGGCCAAAAUGAAAAAACCCGGGAGAUUCGCAUACUGGAGGACAAGCUGAAGCGCAUGGAGUUGGAGCUGGAGGAGGAGAAGAGCGGCUCGGAGAUGCUGACAGAGCGAGUGGGCAGGAGCAGAGACCAGAUCGAUCAGCUGCGCUCUGAGCUCAUGCAGGAGAGAUCCUCCAAACAGGACCUGGAGCUGGACAAGAACACCAUGGAGAGACACCUGAAGGAGCUGAGGAGUCGUGUGGCCGACAUGGAGGGUCAAUCUCGCUCCUCUGCAGGAGUCUCCCAGCUGGAGAACAGGAUCCAGGAACUGGAAGAACUCUUACGGAGUGAGGAAAGGGAGAAGAACUCAGUGUUGGCGUCUCAACGGCGUCUGGAGAGGAAACUGAAAGAUCUCAACUUGACGUUUGACGAGGAGAAACAAACCCAUACUGAACAGAGGGACCAGCUCACUCUGAGAGUGAAAGCCCUGAAGAGGCAGGUAGACGAAGGAGAGACUGAGCUGGAAAGGAUCGAUGGGAUGAGGAGAAAGGCCCAGAGAGACAUGGAGGAACAGAUGGAGCUCAAAGACACCUUGCAGGCCAGAGUCACAGCGCUGGAAACUGAGCUCAAGAGGAAAACCCAGGCAGCGAUGCGGCCAGCGUUGGAUUCAUCAGCUCUCAGUUCAGAUGAUGACGACGACAGCCUGUUCGAUCCCUCCACCAUCACCUCCAUACUUACUGAGAGCAACCUCCAGACCAGCUCCUGUUAAAACAGCACUUCAGGGGGGAGGGGGGAGAAUACUGUUAAGGAAAAGAUAAGGGUCAUGUGGCCUUUUUGGGCUGGGAGUAAAGCCAAAAAGCAGAAUGGUAUUCACUACAGCCAAUGAGGGGGGGCGGGGGGCUGCACUGAUUUGUGAUUUUAAAUUACACAUUGUAAAGUUUAGCAAGGAGACUGGAAGGAAGCAACUCAUCUUCUGAAUUUCAUGGUAUUUUCAUCAGUCUACAUGGUACUCGGCUGCACUCGACAGUACAGCUGGAGGAACUCCAUCAUGCAAACACGCACUACAUCACAAAGACAAGUAACUGGAUUACAAGAACAGAACAGAGGCUAAAAAAUGUAAACCGAAAUUUCCUCUUUCAUGUUUUACAAAUGCAAGUUCAGUCAAGGUUGAGGUUCUGGUUUAAGCACUAUCAACUAAAUACUCAUCACCUCGCAGCGUGGAAAGGUUACCUUUCAUAUCAUUUUUCUCUCUAGCGCACGAUUCUGUACCUCGGCAUGAAUAAAUAAGGUAGCUCUAUUUACAAACAUGGACCAACAUUAAACUCAGAUUCUCAUGCUGUUUGUUGUUUAAAAAGUAAAAUUUACUGUAAAUGAUUGGUACUGAAUGAAAUCUAGCUAUUUAAACAUGUUUUUUGAAUGAGUCUUGUGUUUUUAUUACAGGGCGGUACGGUACACAGUGUAGGAAUUCAGAAUUAUAAAAUGUGACGCUGAUUAUUUACUAUAAAUGUGACAGACGCCUCAUGUUGGUGUGACUGGUUCUGUCAGUUGUGUCUUUAUCUGCUGUAUCUUUAACAAUUUACUAGUAAAGAUGCAACAGACCUUCUGUUUGGCUGAUUUUGUAAUGUUUUGUAAGUUUGAAGACAAGUGUCCUUUUGUCGGAAUAUGAAAUAAUUAACUAACAAGUUUUUUUUGUUUUUCCUUUGAGUUAAAAUGGCCAAAAAAAAGUCUUCCUGCCCAUUAAAAUGUUUGUAUUUAAGCUGCACAAUUUCUAUGCAUUCCUUUAUUGCAAGUCACUGAAAUAUAUGCUUUAAAAUAAUUGUUAAAUAAUAAGUGUUUUGUAAAAUUCAACAUUAACAUUGUAGAUUCUUUUGAGUCCGGGGCUUUGUAAACUGUUUGACGAAUCAGUUGGAGUGCUAAUAACUGUCUUUUGCAGUGAAACUGUAAAUGGUAAAAUGAUUUGUUAGACUGAGGAAGUGGGUGUUGAAUUUCAAAAUGCUGGCAUCUUCUAUAAGGUUGACGAGAGAAAUUCACCUUGUGUCUGUACUUCAAAAUGUUGAUAAUAUUUCUAUUGCACGUAAAUGUAGCUACAAUAAAAGCUCAACAAUUUAA